GAGGACAUCCGCUUGUCUUGCAGUCAACAAGAAGAGGGAACUGUGAGGCAGAAGCGAAAGUCUGAAUCUCCAGGCCAUAAAACAGUGAAGAAGACUAAGCAGAGUGUGGUAGUACCAUUGCGUGGCAACAGCCACAAAUCCCGAAAAGGGAAGAGUUAUGGUAGCGACAAGGAAAAUGCAGAACCCCUCAUCAAGGAGUGUUCUCUUUCAUCUUCAAAAGGCAUGGAAUCUCUCCCUAUUGCACAGGAGACCAUUGCCAAAACUCCUUUGCAUCUUCAGGGAAAACACGUGGCACGAACCCAUACAAGCAUAUUAAAGCGUACUGCACAAGAGAAGCUGAAGAAGGCUGUACGUAGGAGCUCACACCGUGGAAAGCCCACACAGAAAUUGGUGGCAAAACGGAGCCCUAGCAUUGUGGAUGCUACUACCGAUGAAUCACAGCAGCAAUUCCAAUACCCUAGGACUGCUCCAGCUGCCAAGUAUAACUUACGGAAGAAUAAUCCACAAACUUCUCAGAAAACUGGCAAAACUAAGAGAUUUCUUCCAUCUUCCUCUGCACAGACUGCCAAAGCUCUGAAGCCAGGCAAAGGUGGCAAGGUUAAGAACAUUGCAACGGGUGUGACCAGCUUCAUUCCUGCAUUGCCAGCACAUGGGCUAUCACAGGAAGAUAUUCAGCGUCAGAAGGAGGAAGAGCAUCAGAAGAAGAUGGAAAGGGAACUUGAAGCUGCACGCAAAAAACAUACACUUAUGCAACAGCGCCAACUUGCACUAAAAAUCAAAAAUGAAGAGCGGACAAAAAAAGCAAAAGAAAAACGAGAAAUGGAGGCAAAAGUGAAGCCUCCCUACUCAAAGGUUAAAGAAGGUUAUGGGACAAUGUCUCAAAUGGGAAAAAUGGUGGUGAACAAGAUGGCCUCAAAGCAUGUAAGUCAGCUUGACUUUCUUGGGAACAUUAAUCACCCCAUCAUUGAAGAAGAGUCUCAGACAGAUGAUGAGGCUUCAACUCCAGUGCAACCUACCAAUUCCUCAAACAGAGGUGCUUUCAAUGAAACAUUCAAUUUUGAGGAAAAGAAGAAGCUAGAUAAAACAGCCACUCCAAAGUAUCCCCAUACUCCAUCUGAAGUAUGGAUGGCAAUGAAGGAUGGUGGUGAAGUGGUCAUAUCAGCUACUCCUGCAGCUGUUGGUACAGUGUCCAAGAUUGACCACUUGACUUCCAAGCCUAUUUCAUAUAUGGGCAGUCAUGCAGUGCUGACACCAGCAGCUACAGCAAAGACCCCUAUGCCUCUGAACCAAACUCCUGGAAGUAGGCAUGGUACAUCUAUGCCCUGUCAUGAAGACAUGGAAUCCACAACUCCAGCUCAGAUGAAUGACUAUGGUUUGGAUCAUUUAGUCUAUACAGCUGAUGAUGGUACUCCUGAGGAAAACCCAUGUGCUCCUUCAAAACAGAUUCCAAAUUGGGCAAAAACCAGUGAGUGGAACUUGUCAGGACAGUUGGAUCCAUCUGAUACA